GGGGGAAGGCCAAUGGUUACAUUUGAAUGACGUCACGUUGUCGUCGAUCGGCGCUUAAAUGAGUAAACUCGUGUGUGACUUCUUUGAAUAAAAUUUGCCAUUAAAUACCUGUCAACAAAAUUACUGUGGUUUAAAUAACAAAUUUUAUUGAUAGUUCCCCAAUUUCGUAAACUGUACAAGUAACUUUUAAGCAGUUACGGAUUUUGGAGGGAAAGUUUGGUUGGCUCGCAACUGUACCGGGAAAGCACCUGCAGAAGCAUGUCUACGGAUGGAAGUUCGAAGUCACAGCCUGCUACAUCAUCUUCACAGUUCCCUAAAUCUAUGAGAAAUGUAGAAUCCAUGCAAAGUGGCAGCAGUGGCAGUGAAAGCAAUAUACCAAAACACAUUUUCCAAAGCAGUGGUAAUAAUGAGCCUUUUUCACUUACCAAUCACGCUGACCACACACCCAUCUCUGAAGUGGUAAUGGCUAGCCAAUUUAACCGUUUGGAAGGCACAACUCAGCUUCGUGCUCCAGUACAACAUCCAGAGAAACCAUAUGGGCAGAGAGCAAAAAAAUCCUUCCCAAAACCAAGAUUCAAAGCACCACAGCAAAUGCUUGGAAGGGAUGCCACCAAUCCAGAAAUUUCAGUGUUAGAAUAUGUUUUUAAGGGCACACCUAUUCAAGAGUCUAAACCAGGUUUUACAGUUCCAAUUCUCAAGACUGAGAAGAAUGUUGAGACUAUUAAGGAACUCAACGAAGAAGUUUCAUCUCAAUCAGUGAUGAAAGAAAUUUGUGAAUGUGAAGAACUAAAAUUGAGCAAACCAUCACAGUUACCUAAUAUAAGUGAUUCUUCACAUUUGCAAAAUUCUGGACAAGCAACAAUCAAGAAUACAUCUCCUGUUAUGAAAUCUCAGCCAGUGGCUGAUGGGCCGUUGAGCAUGGAGUUGAUCAAUGGUGAAGAAAUGACAGUAACAUCUACCACCACUUCACACAUAGCAGGUAGUUUACCAAUAGAUGAAGAACAUAGAAAAUCUAUCUUGGCAUCAAUGAAGCAGACUUACACAUCAGAGUUGAACCAAUCUGAUAAAACCGUAAAAAGUGAUGAUGAAGUUAAUUUAAAUGACCCUGUCGGAAUGCCAGCUUUGACGGCCAUAAGCCCACACAGCAAGAUAACUAACGAAGGAGCACCAGAUAUCGAUGCCCCUAGGAUGCCAGUGUUAGAGAUACAUGCCGAUGAUUCGUUUGAUGAAGAGUUAAAUCGCUUGGUGAAGAAAUCCCGGUUCAGUUCGCCAGAUUCGAAGACGGAUUUCGGGAUGGAUAGUCAGGAAGAUGUGUUUUCGGAAACGUGCUCCAAACCAACAGGAAAAAUGGCAGUUGCAGCCAUUCCUGUCGAUCUUAGCUAUCAGUACCCGAAACCAGUGCAUAAUAAUAGCAAGAAACAGUUAAGUGAUCCGCAAGAUAUUCAUCACCCUCCUACUCCCGCUCCAACCCCUCAAACUGACGAUCUCGAAGCUGCAAUGGCUGCGCUUCAUGGUGAACCACUGGAUCCUGAUCCGAUAGAAACGACGGUAGCCAUGACAAAGAUACCUGUAACAAAUUUAGUCGUUCCAAAAAUAAAGCGGGAUCAGGAAUUAGUCGAUAUCAGUGCCCACUCUGCAGAUUCAGAUUAUCACCCGGAUUUAGGCCAUGCAGAGAUAUCAAGUGACGAAGUGGCAGAAAGUAAACCGCAUCCAAAGCCGCACAAAUAUCACAAAAUGGGCCCUAAAAGUAUCAUAGGGGCCAAACCUGUGAAUAAACCAACCAAACCAAGCUCAACAGCCAAAGCGACUGAUGAAGCCCGCUAUGAAAUCAAAGCUGAAACUAAACCGGCCGUUGAAACCAAACAAACUCCUAGACUAUCAAGAGAGGUCGAAAAGCUCUGCGCGGAUGAGAUGGUCACUAAUAUAUUACGUAGCAUGGAAGUACAAGGAUCAAGCAGAAGGCGAGCCUCCCAGGCGGUAGUAACCUACAAGGAAUAUCAGUCGAACAAUUCCGAAAAAGAUUUACGUUUUCCUCGACGUACUAAACGCAUCAAAGAGGAAGGAAUUUUUGAAAGGGAGUCUACGCCUCCAAAGAAAAAUAGGAAGAAACGAACUACCUCAAUCCCCUCUUCAGUGGAAUCGGUCCCACAGGAUCGAGCGUUGCAGCAGUGGGAAGCCCUUCAAAACUCCAAUAAUGAAGACAGAGUGGUGUACGUUCCUCGUAAGUUGGUCAAUCCUGCCGAUGCUUCAAAAAUUGUUCGUCGUCGAACUUUCUCCUCUGGUUCUAGUUCAGAUGGUAACCCGAACGGCAACCGAAAAGUUUUACAUGCCCAAGACGAUGUGCAAACUGCCUCUUACGCGUUGAAAAAAGAUCAUAGUUAUACAGCGGUUAAACACGAUACGUCAGAACCGGUAUCAUCUCAGCGUGGCACCGAAGAUUUGGCAGCUAAACUAAGCGCAAGUUGUCAGGAAAUUCAUAUUCGUUGCAAGGAACAUCUUCUGUAUGUCACACUCUGCCCCAGGACGUCUAAGUUACGGAAUAGUCUCAAUUCCUCGAUUUUAAAAGAGCUUUCCAUGUUACUGCGAAAGCUAAAAAUGGAGCCGCAGAUUCAUGUUGUCCUGUUCACAUCAGCAGGACCUGAUUUCUGCACGGGAAUUGACUUUCCUUCACUUAUUCACGACAAUAUGGCUUCAAGAUUGGAAUCGUCGAUUUCCAUCGUGAACCACAUACAAGAGUUUAUCACGGAACUGGCCAACUGCGAUAAAAUACUUGUUGGCGGCUUAGUUGGAUCCGUCAUCGGUUUGGGGGUUACCAUGCUACCUUACCUGGAUCUCGUCUACGCCUGCGACAAAACCACAUUUUAUUUGCCUUACGUAAAACUCGGCCAAAGUAGCGAGGGUGGACUACCUUUAACAUUUCCGUCGACAUCAAGGAAUUUGUUGAGUUUGCUGGUACACGAAGGACGACGUCUCACGGCAACGCAAGCUAAAACGUUAGGCUUGGUGGAUGACGUUUUUCUGCCGGAUAGUUUCCAAGAAGAAAUGAUUCCGCGGGUCGUUAAUUUGGCAGUUCUUUAUUCGCAGAACUCACUGCCUAUCAAGAGAAUGAGUCGAGCUGCACUCCGGCGCGACCUUCCAGCCGUCCUAAAGGAAGAAUCGCAGCUGUUACGACAAAGUUGGAUUUCUGAAGAUUUUCAACGCCGAGCUAAACAAUUAUUCGACAGCGGAGAUCUUCUCUCGGCGUAAAAGACAAGCUGUUCGUCGCAUCCAAGUUAGAACUGGUUUUUUUUUUUUUUUCUAUUCUUUUUUCCUCUCCCUCUAAUCAGUUUAGUUUAAGUUGCGAAUCACCAAAGGAAUUGCCGCGUUUUGCGGUUUUCAAUUUUUCUUUCUUUUAUCCAUGUUCACAUUUGCCUUCGCGUGUUUCGUGUAAAAGCGGCGUGACAUUUUUUGCCCCCUCCUUUCCUUUGGCACUUAGAAAUGGUUUCACUAAAAGUGACAUUACCGAGGUGCGUGUUUUUCCCGUAUCCUUAUGGCGAUCUGUCUUUUUUCCUCUCCCGUUUAUGAUGGUAGUUGUUUACGCGUGUUGUGGGCUUGGAAUUUCGGAGCUCGUUAUUCUUCCCAUUUAUUUAUGUAACCCAAUCCAGAUUUCAAUUAUCUCCACACCACAUCGAGUGCCUGUUCUGCUAUCAAUCAGUUUUUGAAAGACGGUCCCCUUGUUAGGUUUGCAUUGUUAAAAAAAAAAAAAAAUAAAAAUAAUAACCGGUCAAAGUUAAAACUUUCAACAAGAAAAAAAUAAUGUGAAAACGUAAUAAUAAUAGUAAUAAUAAUUGUUUACAUGUUUUUUUUUUAUGUAGGCUCUUAUGACCCAUCCAUCCGGUGUUGGUUGAGUUGUAAUGUGAUUUUGUUUCACGAUUAACAUUAAUACAGUUCACAGGACUUCUCAAA